AUGAAUCCCACCUCACCCACCGCCAGCGCGGUCGUCCCCGGCAGUGUCCCGUCGGCCGCCUCGCCCGGCCCUGGUGGUUCCAGAAAGUCCUCCUUUUCCAGCCAGCGGGCGGUUAAAAGCCCUGAAGCCCAGCGACGGACGCACAACAAGUCGCCCUCCUCGAAGCCGCCCACGUCCCCCUCCUCCGCUCCGUCCUCGCGCGUCGUCUACGGUCCUGGGACUAUUACCUGUCUGCCCGCCGAGCUCGGACGUCUGCGGCUGACGUCGCCGCUCAUCGUCGUCAGCCCCUCGCGCAUGGCCACAGCGCGCCACAUCCAGGCGCUCAUCAUCCCCGACCUCGGCGCGCACAUUCUCGACUCGGCCGUUGUCAACGUCCGGGCCCAGAUCGUCGACGAUGCCGUCGAGCGGGUUGCAGGACGGGACUGCGUCAUCAGCGUCGGCGGCUCGUCCGCCGUGGGACUCGCCCGCGCUGUCAGCAUCCGCAAAGCCAUUCCGCACAUUUGCAUUCCCACCACGUAUAGCGGCUCCGAGGUCCUCCAUCUCUUCGACUGUGAUGUGCCCAUCUCGACCGGCCAACCGGAUGGCGGUGCCGCGAGUGUGGCCGCGUCGAGACGCCCCAGCAGUAGCCGACGCAGCGUCGGCAGCCCGCCGAGUGAUGGGAGGAGCCGCACGGGGGGCAGCAAACACAGCUCCAGACAAAGCGACGUGAGCGUCGCCAGUCGAGAUGCGAAGCAGCGCGUCAAACCGGCCGUCAUUAUAUACGACGAAGAGCUGACGGUUUCUGCCCCACAACGCAUCCUCGUCCCCGCCAACGCCGCACGGCCAAGAGAUGAAGCCCAAAGCCCUUCCUCCGAAUGGACCUUUAUGCAGCUGCCAGGAAUCUAA